AGGGCGCCUCUGGGCGCGGAAGCCGGCCGCGGAGAGUCAUCGGCGUGAGCCCGCCGCCGAGCGGGAAGAUGGCGGGGAAGAAGAAUGUGCUCUCGUCGCUGGCGGUGUACGCGGAGGACUCAGAGCCCGAGUCCGACGGCGAGGCGGGAGUGGAGACGGCGGGAAGUGCGACUGAGGAGAAGGGCGGCUUGGUGUCUGAAGCCUACGGCGAUGAUGACUUUUCCCGUCUUGGGGGUGAUGAAGAAGGUUACGAAGAAGAGGAGGACGAGAACAGUAAGCAGUCAGAAGAUGAAGACUCAGAGAGCGAAAAGCCCGAGGCCGAUGACCAGGAGGAUAACGCGGAGGUAGAGAAGCGGGACCCCCAGGAGUUAGUGGCAUCCUUUUCUGAGCGAGUGCGGAACAUGGCACCUGACGAGAUCAAGAUCCCGCCGGAACCCCCUGGCCGGUGCUCAAACCACUUACAAGACAAGAUCCAGAAGCUGUACGAGCGGAAGGUGAAGGAGGGCAUGGACAUGAACUACAUCAUCCAGAGGAAGAAGGAGUUCCGGAACCCCAGCAUCUAUGAGAAGCUGAUCCAGUUCUGUGCGAUUGAUGAGCUUGGCACCAACUACCCGAAGGAUAUGUUCGACCCCCACGGCUGGUCUGAGGACUCCUACUACGAGGCCCUGGCGAAAGCCCAGAAGAUCGAGAUGGACAAGUUGGAGAAGGCCAAAAAGGAGCGGACCAAAAUCGAGUUCGUGACGGGCACCAAGAAGGGCACCACGACCAGCGCCACGGCCCCGGCCACCGCCACGGCCAGCACUGCUGUCGCAGACGCCCAGAAGAGAAAGAGCAAGUGGGACUCGGCCAUCCCGGUGACCAGCAUCGCGCAGCCCACCAUCCUCACCACCACCGCCACCCUGCCGGCCGUCGUCACCGUCACCACCAGCGCCAGCGGCUCCAAGACCACCGUCAUCUCGGCUGUGGGCACCAUCGUGAAGAAGGCCAAGCAGUGACUGGCGCCGUGCGAGCCGCAGACGUUCUCCCUCCCAGGCAGGGGGCACGAGCCGGAGACCAGGCGCCCAGGGUGCCCCGCGGUGCCUGCGGGACAGGACCUGCUGCCCAGCUGACCGGGGAGCCGCCCGGGUGGCAUUGCCAGGGACACGGGACACCGCCACCGAGGGGGUGUGCGACCGCAGACAGCGUCCGCUCGUCCCGUGGGGUCUCUCGCCCCAUUAAAAGUCCCUUUUCCCAGGUCACGGCCUCCCAGGUGCACCGCACCUGCCACGGACGGAUUCGGGGGUCCAUUCCCAGGGGUGCUGGGGCCAGCGUGGGGCCAACCCAGGGGCCCGCGUGCAAAGCCCCUCGGCCCCUCGAGCAUCUCCAGGCCCCGUGUUGGUUUUCAGGGACGCGCGGAAGACCCGGUCCCCGCUUCCUCUUGGCAGGGCUGACUGUCGAGGGCGCCGGCAUGCACCGGGCUGAGGCCCCAUCAACCCCGCACUCCCCGUCCUGGGGACCCCGCAGGCGCCCAGCCCUGCCCGCCCUUGGCCACUCCUGGGCUCUGGCAGUCGCCCUGCAGGGCCGGCGCUGACCCAACCCGAGUGCCCGGAGGCAUGAAUCAGCCCCUGUGGGCCGGGAGGGGCCGGUGGCCCAGGGCCUGGCACGGAGUCCUUCCUGUGCCUGUUAUCUCCGUCCCGCAGCCGCCCCUGGGCAGUGCCCGCGCCCCCCGAGGGGCCAGCAUGUGCUUCCCGGGCAUGUGAGACGGGGGUCCCCGCCUUCCUGCCCCUUGCACCUGGCUGCCGCAGCGGAAAGGCGGGUACUGGAGGAGGAAGGGCCGGGGCUGGUGCACAGUGGCUCAGGAAGGCCUGGGGCACGGCUGUGUCCAGGGGCCACCCGAGGGGUUCGGGCCACACGGGGGCUGUGCCGUGCCCUGGUGGGGAGCAAGGCCAGACGCAGGCAGGUCGUGAGGUCACAGCCCCCUGGUCUGGCCCCACCCAGCCUGCCUGAGGGGGACACACAGGGGUGCCGUGGAGGCAGGCACCGCGGUUGGGGUCCUUUGGGGUACGCCUGCUGUUAACUGCAGCCUCCAGAAACUGGGGUCAGCAAGGGUGAGGCCACACAAUUCAGCCCCUCCCCCGUUGGGUUGCUCUGACCUCAUGGGCUGGGUUUGAGUCCACCAAGCCCCACUUCUGUGGUCUAGGCACCCUGCUGCCCGAGGGGGACAUGGCAGUUCCAUCGACACGGGGUGUCCUGGCCCUUGGGACCACCGGCCACCCCACCCCCUCCCUACACCUCAUGCCAGGACCACAGUGCCCGCCAUCCCCAUGGCCAGCCUGGCGGCCACACCAGCACCCCCCCCCCUGCAGCCACAGGCCCCGCCACUGCCCAGUGCUCCGUGCGCUGACCCCCGAGGCCCGUCUGCUCCUGCCCACCUCGUGUAGAGCCCUAGACCGACUGCAAGGCCACCCCUGGGCCUGCGGGAGUUGGUCCACGGCACCGGGUGCUGACAGCGCCGUGGGUGGGGCCAGAGGUGCCUCUGAGGCCCCGCACCGUGGACGUGGACUGGGGCCUGGCUGGUCAGUUCACGGGCUGAGCUUUAAAGGAUGAGCUUGCUUGAUUCUCGGGGAACAGAAGGGGAAGUACUGAAGACAGGAAAAUAGCAAUUAAGCCACAGAAGCGGACCGGGUGCUGGGCACCGACUCGCUUUUCCCCAGCGAACCCAGGGCCGGAGUGUAGGGCAGCAGGGAGGGCGCCCUCAUGUAGCCGACAGGUCUGUCCCUGGCACCCCCGGGGUCCCCAAGUGCCCACAGCAGUGACCCGUGAGAGCAUCUGGGUGUAGCCUCCAAACAGGGAACCUCCGUUGGAACUGGACGAUUUGUUCAACCUCGCGAUGUAAAAUAAACUUGUUUAGAGAGCGGG